AUGUCUUUACAAUGGACGGCCGUUGCCGGAAUUCUCUACGCGGAGAUCGUCGUCGUGCUCGUUUUGUUGCUGCCUUGGAUUCGCCCAUCGUUGUGGAGCAAGUUCUUCCGAAGCACGCUCGUCAAUGUGGUCGCAAAGAAUGCACAGGUCGGCUUCUACGCGGGAACGGUGGUGCUCUUCGUGCUCUUCGCCGACGCGGUUCGUGAGGUGCAAAAGUACUCGCAUGUCGAUAUCGACUUGGCCAACGCAAGACACGCCGAGGCGGACGCCGUCUUGCACAUGCGGCUCUUCCGCGCUCAACGGAACUUCUACAUUUCCGGCUUCGCGCUUCUCCUCUUUCUCGUCAUCAAGCGAAUCGCCGGCCUCCUUCAACGUGGUGCCCAACUGGAAGCGGCCAGUGAGGCGGCGAUGCGUCAAGCCGAGAGCGCCACGAAAGCCGCUCGAACUCUGAUGGACGGAUCAAAGGACGAGGAUGCGAAGGAUUUGGUGCGACAAGUCGAGGAGAUGAGCAAGGAAUUGAAGAAAGCCCAAGAAGACCGCGACACGUUGAAGAAGCAAGCCGAGGGACUGCAAAGGGAAUACGACCGAGUUAGCGACCUGCUCGCCGAGGCUGAACGCGACGGAAAGGGCAGUAAGAAAGAUGAU